CUUAUUGCGACCUUCAACCUCAACAAGCGCCGAACAAGCUAGCACCAUGGCUCGUCCUGGCCCCUCCGCACGGAAUCUCACUCUCACAGAAGAGUUGGAGAAGUUGGAGCAGUCUAUCACCUUGACUCUCCAAGAAAUCGACCACAACUUUAGCAAGGCGCACCGUAUCGUAACCACGAAUAUUUUGCCCAUUGUAGAGCAAUAUGGCGAGCAUUCGCGAAACGUUUGGGAUGCUUCGAAGUUCUGGAAACAAUUCUUCGAGGCCUCGGCCAACGUUUCCCUCUCCGGUUACGAAGAGAACGCCAACAAUGGCAAUGAUGAAACCGGCGCAACUGAAGAAGAGUCGACCGUUCAAGAAGAUACAUCUGUCGACUAUACCCGCACACCCCAACAACAGCGCACCGAAGGCGAAGACAUGACCAUAGUUUCGACCGCCGACUCUACUUUCCGCGCAGACGAUUCCGUACUCGACGACAAUGACCUCACUGGCAGCACACCCCGGCCACCUAAAACAAAGACGAUGAAGCCGCAAUUCUCCAACCUCGAAUCGCCCUACGAGGCACUCAAGCGCGAGCUGAAAGGCGAGCCACCUGCACCGCACGAGGAGGACGACGAGAACGAGGAUCUUGGGCUCGAAGAGGACUCAACCGUCCUCUUUGCUCAGCACACGGCCCGUCUUCCAGACAUGUCUAUGACACCACGCUCCUCGUUCGCGCCGCCGCAACAGCAACAGAGCCACAAGGACCCUCUCAUGCACCGCAUGCUUGAUAAGACGUUCCGGAUCCAGGCUACGCCGCACAAGGGUCCCACUUACCGCGUCUCGCCGCUGAAGCGCGAUGACAAGAACAAGGAGAAGGAAAGCGUACCUACAUGGCAGCAGGACUCGCCCAUGUCCUCGCCGGUCAUGGCCGUUCCCAAGCUGCGUAGUGAGGCCUUCAUGUCUCCUAUCAAGAGCAAUGCCCGACAGCGUCUUGCUGCCGCGACUGCAUCUGCGGGGCCCCGAACCCCGGGCGUGAGCGUGCAAACACCAGGUGGUGCGAGGAAGACCAAGGACGUGUUUGCCACCAAGGGCAACUACGAUGACGAUACGACUACGGAUCUCGGUGCCAAGUUUGAUAAGCAAAAGUACGAGAUUGACUGGGAAAGCGAUAGCGACGAGGACCAUGGGCUGUAUGGCGGUAUGAGUCCGCCCAAGACCAUCCAGUUUGCGCUUCCCCCGUCGAAACUGCUUCAGACCCCUGCUCGCGAGGCCAGCAAGCGCAUUGUGGACGAUAUUCUACUUACAGCAGGCGCCGAGCCGGAGAGCUCAGAGUAUAGUCCUACGAUGGUCAAGAUGAACGAGGACAUUCUCAAUGAAAGCUUUUGA